AAGCCCCCGGACGGCUUCCCUUCCAUAUAUACAUAUUUACUACCUAACAUACGACGUCUUUCCCUUCCACACAACAACCAAUGCUUUAAAAAAAAUUGUUAAACUCCCCUUGAAGAUCAUGAUAUUAAUACGGUAUUUGAAAUCUUGCGCUUAGCACAAUUUUCUAAUUAUGAGGCGUUGGCUCGUCUCGGCACUCCUGCUCUUGCAGGUUGUCGCUUUUACAUCUGCCGCCGAUCAACAAAUAUUAGGCGACGAUACGACGACAGAAAACCAUCCCCAGGCUGCCGAGACCGAUGUCGUUCAGAGAGAACAACAUACCUGGGCCCCUUACCAGAGUGGAUGGGAACUGGUACACGAGGCGAUGACCGAAUUUCGAAAGAUCAAGAUACACUCUUCGCAUCGGAAGACUAAGAAACCGACGAGCGUUUUUGGGAUAUUAUUCCAUUAUCUACCAAAGAUCUUACCGAGCCUACGAGUAAGCGCUCCGCCGCAAGAACAUGCGCAACCGGUCAUUAGCGGUCCCCUCCUCGAGGGCGUCAAGCUCCUACAGCAGUCGGCCGAGCAGAACAACACAGAUGCGAUUUACCUACUGGCGCAGUUCAACUUCUUCGGAAAUUACUCCCACCCGAGGAAUUUCAAGACCGCAUUCGAUCACUAUUACCGACUAGCUUCGUACGGGAACAGUUCCGCGCAGUAUAUGGUGGGGUUGAUGUAUGCUACGGGGCUUGGAGAUGCCGUCGAGCGGGAUCAAGCGAAGGCUUUGUUAUACCAUACCUUCGCCGCCGAUGCGGGCCAUACGAGGUCGGAAAUGACCCUCGCGGCGCGCCACGUUAGCGGCGUCGGAGUACCUAAGAGUUGUGAGAUGGCUUGCAAGUACUACAAGAGGGUGGCGGACAAAGCUAUGGAGUGGUUCCGAUCAGGGCCGCCUGGUGGAAUGGCCCUUACGCCGGAAGCGCAUCGGCUAUCCGACGACGUUGGUGGCGUCUACGGCGAAGGCGCUAGUGUCGUGAGCUCCGGUAUCAACGCUUUGAAAGCAGACCCUAGUUCACACGCCUACGCUGCCAUUGACGACGUUAUUGAAUACCUUGACUUGAUGUCUCAGAAGGGCGAUUUUAAGGCGUCCUUUAAUCUCGGAAGGCUUUAUUAUGAAGGACAGCGGGGUCUAGAAAGGAACGUCGACCUAGCUCGACGAUAUUUUGCUGCAGUCACCACGAUGUAUUGGCGCACCAAAGAUGGGCGUCCGGUUGACCAGCCUAAACCUCAACUCGAGAAGUAUGCCAGUAAGGCCGCUGGUUAUAUUGGCCGGAUGUGGCUGCGUGGAGAGGGUGUCAGGCAGGACUUCAAGCUAGCUAAGGGGUGGUUCGAGCGUGGAAUUAAACAUGGCGACGCUCAAUCCCAAUGGGGCUUGGGAAUUAUGAACCUCCACGGUCUUGGUAUUCCAAAGAAUGUUUCGAAGGCCACGGAACUCUUCAAAGCUUCUGCGGACCAGGACUUCAGCCUUUCCCACGUUGCCUUGGGCGCUCUCCACCUCGAUCAAGGUACUCCCGACGAUCUGAAAAUUGCCAACUCUUACUUCGAAGCAGCUGUUCGGUGGGCCAACAUCGAGGCGCAAUACUAUCUAGCCGAGAUGAUGCAUCAUGGGGUUGGAAGGGAUAAAACUUGCGGCAUGGCCAUGGCCUAUUAUAAGAGCGUCGCUGAGAGGGCGGAGCCUCUAGUAUCGUCAUGGACAGAGGCUAACCAAGCCUACGAGGAUGGCGACUAUGAGCUAGCAUUCCUCGAUUAUCUUAUUGCUGCGGAGCAAGGAUACGAGAAGGCACAAAACAACGUCGCCUUCAUGCUGGACCCGUCGCAGUCGCGACUACCCCUACCAUCUUGGCUUCACCGCCAACCAGCAAAGCCUAGUCUCCUCCAGAAUUCUGCCCUUGCCUUGAUCUACUGGACAAGAUCGGCUAUACAAUCCAACAUCGAUUCGCUAGUCAAAAUGGGUGAUUAUUAUCUUGACGGCAUCGGUACCGAGCCGGCAUUCGACAAGGCUGCCCAGUGCUAUACCGGGGCAUCGGAGUACUUUCAAAGCGCACAGGCUCUCUAUAACCUUGGAUGGAUGCACGAGAACGGAGUCGGUCUAACCCAGGAUUUCCAUCUCGCUAAGAGAUACUACGACCAAGCUCUUGAGGCUAAUGAGGAAGCCUAUCUCCCCGUCACCCUGAGCCUCCUUAAACUCCGAGCACGCAGUGCUUGGAAUACGUUUACACAUGGACGGAUCAAUUCGAUUCAGGACGAACCUUCUCCUAGAAAGGACUGGUCACUCAGCGAGUGGAUUUCCAAUUUUCUCCAGGAGGACGUCUACUACGAGGAAGGGUAUGAGGCCUUUGACGAGGGCAUGAUUACCGGCAGCGACGGGGAACCUCUGAACGACGGCCUCGAAGACGUGGACGCCGUGGUCGAGAGUUUGAUCAUUCUGGGAUUGGUCGGGGCCAUAGCCAUCCUCAUGUACUACCGUGCGCGUAGGCAACAGGCGCACGUGCAGGCCGAGGCCGAGGCUGCAAGACAGGGGCAACAAGGGGGGGCUGGUGUACAACAGCAGCAGCAGCAGCCGGGUUUAGGACACCAGGGUGGGGUUUUCCCACAGCCAGGUGCCCCGGAUUUUAGACAGUGGGCUGCGGGGGCUGUAGGUCAUUAGGGCAAGUGGAUACUGCUUGAUUUAGGUAAACACUUGACGAUGUAUAUUGCAUGAAUCGAAUGAAUGGUAUGUUCAAUUAUGAAGACUUGCUUUAUGCAAAGUCAACAGGUACCUCCUAUCGACGUAUUAUAUAAUAAGGCUUAUGUAAGCCGUUCCGAGUUCAGGGGUCGGGUCAGGUCAGCUCAAGUCAGCUCUUGACUACCAUAGAUGAAAUCCCCAAUGCACUUUCCCUUAACUUUAGGUACCUCUACCAGGUAGGUUUAGCACAGGAAGCUCUCACCUAAGUAGGUAUUAGGAGGUACCUAUGUUACAAGGAAGGCAGUAAAGUCAUACUGGAGCCAAUAUAGACUAUGUCAUGUCUCUUUCCUUAAGACUUUUCUCUUAGGUAUAGAUAGCGCCUAUAUUGUCGAUUCUCUGGCCUCCUUCCUCAUUAUCGUCUUUAUACACGCCGAGAUGGAAGGCACAAAUGAGAAAGAUGCAACCGCUACUUUUUUAAAAGAAUAAAUAAAUAAAAAAGAAUACAAAAUCUGCCUAG